CCUGCUGUGAAAGAAAACCAAAGAAGAAGAAGAGGCCGACCCAAAAUAAUCACAGCAGCCGUAGAAGAAGAAGAGAGCUAGCCUGCUAGCCGUUAGCUCGUCAGACAGACGCAGGGAGCUGCUGACGUUUCUCCAGGUGUGUGGCUGUGUAGUGUUGCAGCAAGUGUCGUAGAAAAAAAACAAACAAAAUCAUAUGCUGCGAAAGCGAGGGCAGGCGGUGACACAGAGAUCCUGACACAGAGACAGAGACGGACGACAUGGAGAAACAGCUCCACCUGAACCUGUUAGCCUCCAGACCGCCCAUGGCUGGAGGCUUCCAGUCUGGCUCCAAGAUGAAAAUGGGACCUGGACGGAAGAGAGAUUUCUCGCCCCUCCCCUGGAGUCAGUACUUUGAAACCAUGGAAGACGUUGAGGUGGAAAAUGAAAAUGGCAAAGAUGUUUUCAGAAUUUACUGCAGCGGUGCUCAUGGUCCUGUGCUGCUGCUGCUCCAUGGAGGAGGCCACUCUGCACUCUCCUGGGCCGUGUUCACUGCCGUCAUAUGCAGCCGGAUCAACUGCAGGGUGGUGGCUAUGGACCUCCGAGCUCAUGGCGACACCAAAGUGAAAAAUCCUGACGAUCUCUCUGCAGACACGAUGGCCAAGGAUAUUGGUAAAGUGGUGGAGGCGCUUUAUGGCGACAACCCGCCUCCAAUCAUGAUUAUUGGACACAGCAUGGGUGGAGCCAUCGCAGUUCACACAGCUGCUGCUAAUCAUAUACCAUCUCUGCUGGGCCUCUGUGUCAUUGACGUUGUAGAAGGUACAGCGAUGGAUGCUUUGAACAGUAUGCAGAAUUUCCUCAGAAGUCGGCCAAAGACAUUUAAAUCUCUGGAGAAUGCCAUUGAGUGGAGUGUCAAGAGUGGCCAAAUCCGAAACAUGGAGUCAGCACGAGUGUCAAUGGGAGGCCAGGUGAAAAAAUGUGAGGAGUCCACCAGUAGUCCAGGAGUGUCUCGUAGCAUUGGUGAAGGUAUAAUAGAAGAAGAGGAGGAGGAAGAAGCGGAAGAAGAAUCAAACAAGAAAAGGAUGAAGGAAGAUGAUCAAGAGAUAAAGAAGGAAAGCGUCUUUACCUGGAGAGUGGAGCUGUCAAAGACAGAAAAAUACUGGGAGGGCUGGUUCAGAGGCCUGUCUGCGCUCUUUCUCACCUGCCCUGCACCAAAACUGCUUCUGCUUGCAGGUGUGGACAGGCUUGACAAAGACCUUACUAUCGGACAGAUGCAAGGAAAGUUUCAGAUGCAGGUCCUCCCACAGUGCGGUCAUGCUGUCCAUGAGGACGCACCUGAAAAAGUAGCAGAUGCUUUAGCGACAUUUAUGGUCCGGCACAAAUUCACUGAGUUUAAGGAAGGAUAUCUGUGCUAGUUUUCAGUCUAUAUAUAGCCAGCAGCCAUAGAAGAAAUGUUUCAAGAUUCAUCCACAUCCUCGUACAAUUUAACAGCAAAUUAAAGGAAAUAUAAGAAACAUUAUUAUUAUUAUUAUUAUUAUUAUUAUUAUUAUUAUUAUUAUUAUUAUUAUUAUUAUUUGGAUUUUGUUAUGUAGAUAAUUGUUUUUCAGCUUUGCCUUAUUUUUAUUUGAAAACACUGGGAUUUGAUUGUACUUUUCCUUUUACAAUAUAUAUUUUUUAAAUCUCUGAAAUGUAAUAAUGCUCUCCUUGUUUCAUGUUUUAUUUUUGAGUGAUUGCAUCAUUGUUUAUAUGUUGUGUUUGUCACGGUUGAAUUCAAACGAUGAUUAAAAGACAGAUGCUGUAAAAAAACACAAAUGUCACCCACGCUUGUAUAUUUGGUAUGUGAAUUAAAAGGACGUCAUGAUCAUUUUAAA